ACAGAAGGAGGACAGGUGGAGGACAGGAGGAGGACAGAAGGAGGACAGAAGGGGGAGAGGAGGAGGACAGAAGGAGGACAGGAGGAGGACAGAAGGAGGACAGGAGGAGGACAGGAGGAGGACAGGAGGAGGACAGAAGGAGGACAGGUGGAGGACAGGAGGAGGACAGGAGGAGGACAGAAGGAGGACAGGAGGGGGACAGGAGGAGGACAGGAGGAGGACAGGUGGAGGACAGGAGGAGGACAGAAGGAGGACAGGAGGAGGACAGAAGGAGGACAGAAGGAGGACAGGAGGAGGACAGGAGGAGGACAGGAGGGGGACAGAAGGAGGACAGGAGGAGGACAGAAGGAGGACAGAAGGAGGACAGGAGGAGGACAGGAGGAGGACAGAAGGAGGACAGAAGGAGGACAGGAGGAGGACAGGAGGGGGACAGGAGGAGGACAGAAGGAGGACAGGAGGAGGACAGAAGGAGGACAGAAGGAGGACAGGAGGGGGACAGGUGGAGGACAGGAGGAGGACAGGUGGAGGACAGGAGGGGGACAGGAGGAGGACAGGAGGAGGACAGGUGGAGGACAGGAGGAGGACAGAAGGAGGACAGAAGGAGGACAGGAGGAGGACAGAAGGAGGACAGGAGGAGGACAGGAGGAGGACAGAAGGGGGAGAGGAGGAGGACAGAAGGAGGACAGGAGGAGGACAGAAGGAGGACAGAAGGAGGACAGGAGGAGGACAGAAGGAGGACAGGUGGAGGACAGAAGAAGGACAGGAGGAGGACAGGUGGAGGACAGGUGGAGGACAGGAGGAGGACAGAAGAAGGACAGGAGGAGGACAGGUGGAGGACAGGAGGAGGACAGAAGAAGGACAGGAGGAGGACAGGUGGAGGACAGGAGGAGGACAGGUGGAGGACAGGUGGAGGACAGGUCGCUCGCCGUGACCUUUGAACUAGGGUCAGUUUAGAUGUUUGACCCUGAAGCUUCGUUUUCUAACUGGUUCCAGUUGAACCAGUUUGACUCUCGUGCUGACUCAUCAGUGUGUGAGUGUGUGUGUGUGAGUGUGUGUGUGUGUGUGAGUGUGUGUGUGUGUGUGUGUGUGUGAGUGUGUGUGUGUGUGUGUGUGUGUGUGUGUGAGUUAGUGUGAGUGUGUGAGUGUGUGUUUGUGUGUGUGUGUGUGUGUGUGUGAGUGUGUGUGUGUGUGUGAGUUAGUGUGAGUGUGUGAGUGUGUGUAUGUGUGUGUGUGUGUGUGUGUGAGUGUGUGUGUCUGUCUGUGUGUGUGUGAGUGUGUGUGUCUGUGUGUGUGUGAGUGUGUGUGUCUGUGUGUGUGUGAGUGUGUGUGUGUGUGUGUGUGUGUGAGUGUGUAUGUGAGUGUGUGUGUCUGUGUGUGAGUGUGUGUGUGUGUGUGUGUGUGUGUGUGUGUGUGUGUCUGUGUGUGAGUGUGUGUGUGUGUCUGUGUGUGUGUGUGUGAAUGUGUGUGUGUGUGUGUGAAUGUGUUUGUGUGUGUGUGAGUGUGUAUGUGAGUGUGUGUGUCUGUGUGUGUGUGAGUGUGUGUGAGUGUGUGUGUGUGUGUGUGUGUGUGUGAGUGUGUAUGUGAGUGUGUGUGUCUGUGUGUGAGUGUGUGUGUGUGUGUGAGUGUGUAUGUGAGUGUGUGUGUCUGUGUGUGAGUGUGUGUGUGUGUGUGUGUGUGUGUGUGUGUGUGUGUGUGUCUGUGUGUGAGUGUGUGUGUGUGUCUGUGUGUGUGUGUGUGAAUGUGUUUGUGUGUGUGUGAGUGUGUUUGUGUGUGAGUGUGUAUGUGAGUGUGUGUGUCUGUGUGUGUGUGAGUGUGUGUGUGUGUGUGUGUGUGUGAGUGUGUAUGUGAGUGUGUGUGUCUGUGUGUGUGUGUGUGUGUGUGUGUGUGUGUGUGUGUGUGAGUGUGUGUGUGUGUGUGAGUGUGUGUGUGAGUGUGAGUGUGUGUGUGUGAGUGUGUGUGUGAGUGUGUGUGUGUGUGUGUGUGAGUGUGAGUGUGUGUGUGUGUGUGUGUGUGUGUGUGUGAGUGUGUGUGUGUUUGUGUGUGAGUGUGUGUGUGUGUGUGUGUGUGAGUGUGUGUGUGUGUGUGUGUGUGUGUGUGUGUGUGUUUGUGUGUGUGUGUGUGUGUGUGUCUGUGUGUGUGUGAGUGUGUGUGAGUGUGUGUGUCUGUGUGUGUGUGUGUGUGUGUGUGUGUGUGUGUCUGUGUGUGUGUGUGUCUGCUCAUUCGGUCUCGUCACGAUAACAGGACGUUUGUUUUCUGUCAUGGCGGUCAGAGUCGACCACGGCGCCGUUUUUUAAAAUCUGUUUGUCUCUGUGAAGUUGGGGCGAGUUCAGGGGUCGAUCAGCUGACCUCACCUGUUCGGGUGACCUCAUCACCUGUUCGGGUGACCUCAUCACCUGUCCGAAGACAAACCCACAGAUUAUUGGUGUGUCUUAAAGUGUCUCUCUGAACGGGGGACAGAUGACGUCUCGUUUGGACCUCUCAGGCCUCCGUACUUCUGUCUCCUCAUCUCUCAGACUGUUGGACUCCAUCAUGGAUCUGAUCAACAUGUUCGUGUUUCUGAAACUCAAAGUUAAUCUGAGACUAAGCGCUGUCAUAGACUGAGAUUAGCCCACCAGAAUAACCCUGAGAUUAUCGCCUCGCUCUGUCCUUUCCUGUCGGUGCGUGGAGACGACAGGAGACGACAGGAGACACGCAGACGGCUUUAACGGUGGAAAUAGUUCAGACUCUCCGAGUUUAAAUCUGCUGUUGGUGCCAGAACCGCUCAGAUUAUCCACACUCAGAGGUCACAGAGUCAGCUGACAGGUGAACCGCUGCGUUUACAAAUCAUCAGAUUAAAUUCACCUCCAUCCUCGUGUUUGUAAGUCGUCUCCAUCUCUCUGCAGGAACGCUUUAAUGUUCUUCCUUCACAAUCAGGCGGGUUGGACCGCAGGUGAGUUUCUUUUAGCUUACAUGCUAAUCUCAUCACCUCAGAGCUGUAAUGCUAUUAAACCCGAGUCUCUCCCCGCCUCGCUCCCCGCCUCGCUCCCGGCCUCGCUCCCAUUCAUCGCCAACAUUUAUCCCGACUCUGCAGCAGACUCAUGUGAUCACUGAGAGCUCUUCAUGCAGUCAUCACUCUCUGUGGAGACCUUCAAAAACUGCUGACUGUACCUUUAAAGACUCCACAGAUGGUUUUAUUUUUAUCAUUAAAGGUGCAGUCUGUGAUUUUAUCAGAACAGACUUUUUAAUAAAAUCCUCGUCAUCAGUCUGAAUUUACUCGUCAUCACCUCAAUAUUAACUGAACCUUAAUAUCCACUUUUACCGCCGAGUCAUAGUUAGACAAGCAGCAAAGACCUCCCAACUGCGUUCACACCGAGCACGCCACGUUAGAGCCUUCACUCGCCAAAUGCGUCCGUACAGUUGUCUGACUAAAGUGAGUCCAGCCCUCACUGUUCUGUUCAGAGAAAUGAGACGUUGGACAUUUUCACUCACUUUUGUCAGAUACUGGAUGUGGACGUGUCAAUGUUGUGGAUUUACUCCAAUCACAGCUGCUGUUACAGAGAGAGGCGGGGCUCCUGCAGGUCAGAACUGUCUGUUUCCAUAGAGACCAUAUCAGAGGUUGAUCUGUGGACCUCCUGACUCUCUGUCCUCCAGCUGAGAUCUUCUUUAGUCCGGUCUCUGAGUCUCAGACCUGAUCAGGUGGUCUCAGGUGGUCUCCAUCUUGACUUGCGAGCUCAUCAGCAAGAAAAGGCAGGCUGUUGAUUUGGGGCCCCAGGCCACUAGGGGGCCCCCAAGGGCUGACGAACCUUAUAACUUUAAAAAACUGAGCUGUAGAGAAAAAAGAGGACUUGAGCACAAACCAGUCUGACAGUAACUACAUGUCAACAUCACAACCAGGGGGGAGAAACAUUUAUAUUCUGUGUCAUUCAUUUAGAAAGUUUGUCCACAGCUCCAUGAGGAGGCGGGGUUUAGGACCUAUACUGCAGCCUGUCACCAGAGGGCGCUGUUCUCAGAGAGAGGAGGAGGCAGACGGCGUCUGUUCUAGAUACUGCCUGUUUGUGUGAUACUUUGAGUGUAACUGAUAGAGCACCAAUGUGUGUGUGUGUGUGUGUGUGUGUGUGUGUGUGUGUACACGUGUGUGUGUGUGUGUGUGUGUGUGUGUGUACACGUGUGUGUUUGUCUCCUACAGUGUGCGGCUGUGACCUCGCUCAGGGCGGCUUCUUCAUGAAGAAUGGCGAGUAUCUGUGCACGCUGGAUUACCAACGGAUGCACGGCACUCGCUGUAACGGCUGCGGGGACUUUGUGGAGGGGGAGGUGGUCACGGCUCUGGGGAAGACGUACCACCCGGCGUGUUUCGUCUGCACAAUCUGCAAGUAAGACCCUCUAAACAGACCGACACACAGACACAAUUUUAGUGAAUCUGAGGACUUUUACACACAUAAACAAAUAUCAAUAAUCUGUAUCAAUCAAUGAUAUAUAUUUAAUAUAAUCUUUAAUAUGAUUUUACACAAAAGUCUGAAUAAAAUAGUCGACUUGAAGACGGGCCUCAGGCGAAGUUCUCCUGAAAGGUCGGACUGAGUGUCGUCGACACUAAUGAUGUCGCUCUGUCUACAGACGGCCGUUUCCUGCCGGAGACCGGGUGACCUUCAACGGGAAGGACUGUCUGUGUCAGUACUGUGUGGAGCCCAUGUCUCCGGGACCCAAGGACAUCCUGAGCUCCAGCAGUGAGUCCAGACCGUCUGUUAUUAUAUACGUGUCUGUUACUGUCAGAGACUCUGAGAUAAUAAAGAGUCAUCGAUGUUAUCAAUAACCAAAGACCCCCCCCCCCAUAAAUAAGAAAUACUGAAUCUCCUCGUGUCAUCAUGGCGGCCUGAUUCUACUGUCUCCUGUGACGCUCUGCAGCCACGCCCACUUCACCAUACUUUGAUCAUGUGUUGACAGGCUGAGGUCGGGGGUUGUGGUCGGUUACGCUCUGUCACCACCUGGUGUUCAGAACAGGAAGUGCAUUCUGACUGAUUAAGAAGCUCCUGAACUGUUUCUACUAAAUUACAGACAUGAAACCAGUUUGACCAGUUUGACCAGUUUGACCAGUUUGACCAGUUUGACCAGUUUGACCCAGAGCAAGGAGAUCUAUGUUCAUAUUUCUAUAUUCACUGUGACCUUUUUAACAGAAUCUGUCUCUCUGAGGACGAUGUCUCCAUGUCCCUAAUGUCUCUCUCUCUCUCUCUCUCUCUCUCUCUCUCUCUCUCGUCCUCAGACUGCGCCGGUUGUGGGCGGGACAUCAAGAACGGACAGGCUCUGUUGGCGUUGGACAGGCAGUGGCAUCUGGGCUGUUUCAAGUGUAAAUCCUGCAGCAAAGUUCUGACCGGAGAAUAUAUCAGCAAGUACGGACCUUUACUGUAACUGAUGAUUAUUAUUGAUUAUUAAUCAUGUCAAUAAUGUCCCAAACACACAGUCUGAUACUCUGCUGUUGACGACCCGGUCCGGUUUGAUUCAAGGUAGAAUCUGGGUUUAUGUGAUCCAGGAUCAGUCAGUCCCGCUCGUCUCCUGAUAUAAAGAAAAACUGGAUCAGAACUUCCUGAUCCACAAACAGACUGUUAAAGAUCAGCGCGGUUAUGAAUGGGAUUGUGUGCUGCAAACUCCGUCCACAGGGGGCGCCACAGACAGACUGAACCUGACCCAAAAUACGGGUCACAGGUGUGUCUGACACACAAACUUUAACUGGUCGUCUUUUAAAAUGUUCAUUUCAUAGAUCAGCUCUGAUCCAAUCAGAUGACUCUGAACGACCACACACACACACACACACACACACACACACACACACACACACAAUUAAAAACAUUAAUCUGCUCUCAGGGACGGCGCCCCCUACUGUGAGAAGGACUACCAAAUCCACUUUGGAGUGCAGUGUGAGGCCUGCCACCAAUUUAUCACAGGGAAGGUUCUGGAGGUGAGACACACACACACACACCUGAACACACACACACACCUGAACACACACACACACCUGAACCUGAACACACACACACACCUGAACACACACCUGAACACACACACACACACACCUGAACACACACACACACACACCUGAACCUGAACACACACACACACACACCUCAACCUGAACACACACCUGAACACACACACACACCUGAACACACACCUGAACACACACCUGAACACACACACACACCUGAACACACACCUGAACACACACCUGAACACACACCUGAACACACACCUGAACACACACACACACCUGAACACACACACACACCUGAACACACACACACACCUGAACACACACACACACCUGAACACACACCACACACACCUGAACACACACACACACCUGAACACACACCUGAACACACAAACAAAAGUUAAACAUAUAAUCAAAGGAUCUCUGAAUUGAUCUGAAAAUCACUGACAUUAGAUCAGUCUGUUCAAUCCGAUCACCUCCGAUAUCCUAGAUGGUGCAGAGUCAGUGUAGAGAUUCUGUCCUAGAGCCUACAGUCAGUGUAGAGAUUCUGUCCUAGAGCCUACAGUCAGUGUAGAAAUUCUGUCCUAGAGCCUACAGUCAGUGUAGAAAUUCUGUCCUAGAGCCUACAGUCAGUGUAGAAAUUCUGUCCUAGAUGGGUCAGUGUGUGUGUAGAGAAGCUCGUUCAGGAGAGAGGAGGUCGUCCAGCAUGUUUUUUGGUUUUUGGAUCUCUUGAAGUUGAAAGAGUUUGUCUUUAAAAUGUGUUUUAAUGUUUUGGAGACGACCUCUGGUGGACACUUGUGGAACUGCAGCCUGGCCUCAGGUUUACCUGAGGAGUCCAGCUCUGUCCAGGUGUGCUCGGAGAGAGUUUGAAUAUCUUUAUCCAGAGUUCGAGUGUGACAGCAGAGGAGAUGAUUGCUGCUUUUGUUUGUUUCAUGAUAAACGACAUUUAUAAGUCCUGAAGGUCUUUAGAGUGAUCUGAGGAGAGGAUCAGAGGUUCCAGUGGACCAUCACAGCAGUAAAAUGCAAAUAUCCAUCAGUAUCUGAGCGUCUGUUGUAAAACAGGAUGAACUUCAUUUAAGUAUUUAUCAGUUUGAGUCACAUGACUUCAUAUCGCUGAACUCUGCAGACAAAGAGCCUCAUCAGUCCAGAGUCAGGACCUCUGAGGACCUCUGAGGAAACACAGGCUGGACUUUAACGUUCAGUAUGAGCAGAACUUUAUUAGACUGCAGAGAGGUUUGAUCAAAACAGAGUUCAGCGUCUGUUUCAUAAAAGUAAAGUCUGUUCAGAAACCAGGAAGGAAAGAGUUGAGGCUGAGAACAGGUACAGCACCUGCUUCAUUUCCUGAGGGUUAACAGAAGGUUAGAUAUUUAUUUCCUGGUUUUUUUUCCUCUCUUUUCUUCUUUUUUCUCUCGCUGUAUUUGGUCUUUAUUUCCUGAUUUAUCCGCUCUGUUUCUCCUGUUGUUUUCAGGCUGGAGAUAAGCACUACCACCCGAGCUGCGCUCGCUGUAGCAGGUGUAAUCAGAUGUUCACAGAGGGAGAGGAGAUGUACCUCCAAGGUGAGUUUUUUCUUCAUAAGGUGGAUCCCGCAGGUAAACACGUGUUCAUGUUCAAGAUGAUAUUUCUGUUAAACUGGAAUAAAAACUGCUGCAGGUCAACCUGCUGAUUUUCUUGUUCGUUCCAAAUACAGAUUUAAAAACUUCACUAAAUUAUUAUUUUUUUAUGACUCAGUGUAUUUUUAAAAGGAAGAAAAUAAAGUUGUAUAAAUCUUAUAUGUACAGUAAUUUAAAGUGUAAAGGGUUAGGAGUGCUUUGUUAUUAUCAAUUAUAUUAAUUAAAUGAGAUGUUUAUUGUAACUUAUGACAUUAUUAAUCUAUGGUAAUGAUAACAGGGAUUAAGGUUCAUUAUUUUGACUGUAUUGAUUAGUGUAAUUUAUAGUUUAUUAUUAAUUAUAACACUAAUCACAUCUACAGGUUUCAGGUUGUUUUUAAAUGUUUCUCUGCGUCUGUCUCUUCAGGGUCGACGGUUUGGCAUCCAGGCUGUAAAAACACGACAAGGACGGAGGAGCGGCACAGGGAGCGGGUAUGACCGUCUGUCUGUGUUCGCCAUGUUUAACCGCCAUGAUCACGCCACUCUGAUAGUUCCUGUCCCUAAACGCUGUGAGGUCAUUUUAAACGUGUCGAUCAGGUGGAUGAACUGUUCAAACUUUACCUGCUCUGAAACACUCACCUGUUCAGGUGCUGCUCUGUGAGAGACAGUGUGUGUGUGUUUGUGUGUGUGAGAGUGUGUGUGUGUGCCUGUGAACAGGUGUGUGUGUGUGUGUGUGUGAAUACAUAAGUGUGGUACAGGUGAGAUGCAGGUGUGAUGUCCUGUGAACCCCCCUCUCCCUUCCUCCACAGCUCUUGCCUCCGUCCCUCUUAUUCCUCCAAAAAACACAAAGGCAGGUACUGUAUUCGCUAUUGGCUGUGAGACGGCGUCAUCUGUCCUCCAUCAACACAGGAAAUGCUGCACUGUACGCUGCCCCCUGCUGGAGACAGCCUGCAGUGCAGCCCUGUCCCAUUUGGAACCAUUCAGUCCGAUUAGUAUCACCUGAGGGCCUGUUUACACCUGCGGUUACUAUGGAAACGUAAAAAUAUUGAUAGAAAUAUAAUCAGAUCAACUAACUCAGUCUAAUAUCAGAUUAAAUAACUCCGACUAUAAUCAGAUUAAAUCACUCAGACUAUAAUCAGAUUAAAUAACUAGAAACUAUAAUCACAUUGAAUAACUCAAACUAUAAUCAGAUUGAAUAACUCCGACUAUAAUCAGAUUAAAUCACUCAGACUAUAAUCAGAUUAAAUAACUCAAACUAUAAUCAGAUUAAAAUCACUCAGACUAUAAUCAGAUUAAAUAACUCAGACUAUAAUCAGAUUAAAUCACUCAGACUAUAAUCAGAUUAAAUCACUCAGACUAUAAUCAGAUUAAACAACUCAGAAUAUAAUCAGACUAAACAACUCAGACUAUAAUCAGAUUAAAUUACUCAGACUAUAAUCAGAUUAAACAACUCAGAGUAUAAUCAGAUUAAACAACUCUGACUAUAAUCAGAUUAAAUAACUCAGACUAUAAUCAGAUUAAAUCACUCAGACUAUAAUCAGAUUAAAUCACUCAGACUAUAAUCAGAUUAAUUAACUCAAACUAUAAUCAGAUUAAAUAACUCAGACUAUAAUCAGAUUAAAUCACUCAGACUAUAAUCAGAUUAAAUCACUCAGACUCUAAUCAGAUUAAAUCACUCAGACUAUAAUCAGAUUAAUUAACUCAAACUAUAAUCAGAUUAAAUAACUCAGACUAUAAUCAGAUUAAAUAACUCAGACUAUAAUCAGAUUAAAUAACUCAGACUAUAAUCAGAUUAAAUCACUCAGACUAUAAUCAGAUGAAAUCACUCAGACUAUAAUCAGAUUAAUUAACUCAAACUAUAAUCAGAUUAAAUAACUCAGACUAUAAUCAGAUUAAAUAACUCAAACUAUAAUCAGAUUAAAAUCACUCAGACUAUAAUCAGAUUAAAUAACUCAGACUAUAAUCAGAUUAAAUUACUCAGACUAUAAUCAGAUUAAUUAACUCAGACUAUAAUCAGAUUAAUUUACUCAGACUAUAGUCAGAUCAAUUUACUCAUGUUAAUGUGAAAUAUUUUUUAUAUGUUUUUAAAAUUAAAUUGUCUCCAUUUAAAAGUUGGUUAAAUCCGUCUUACCUUUGUCACAGAUCCAGCCCUAACAAAUGCAGAGAGUUGUUGUAUAUAGAUGUUGUAUAUGUUGUUGUAUAUAUAUAAUUUUUAAAGUUUUUAUGGUUUUUAUGAUUUUCAUAGUUUUAUAGUUUUAAUGAUUUUUAUGUUUUUUAUAUUUGUAUGAUUUUUAUAGUUUUUAUAGUUUUUAUAAUUUCAAGAGUUUAUUAAAAAUUUUAAUGUUUUGUCGUUCAGGUCGGCAGUUUCCCUCGACUCGCUGUCAAAGGAGGUUUUUUCAGAGACAUAUUAACUGCAGGUGUAAACAGGCAGGUAGAUCUCGCUCAUGUCAAAGUGCAUGAAACAGGAACAGACACUAACGCCACGUUAGAGGUCAGGUCAAAGGUCACUGAUUCUGACCUGCUGUAGCCAUCUAAACUCUCAUUUUACAUGAACAGACAUCCUAAAACCUCUGAUGCUCCAUCAGCUUUACAGAUCAUCCAAUCAAUGAUCUGAUCAUGUGACCACAUUCUAAUACUUCAUAAUCAAUCAAAUUAAAUGAUUUCCUCCAUCAUUGAUCAUCGACCUUCGACCUUCAACAGGAGGUCACACAGUUUAGAGAUUAAGCUGAGGGGCGGGGGUACACACACACACACACACACACACACACACACACACACACACACACACACACACACACAUGCACACAGGUGUAAGUUGUGUAACUAACAGACAGGUGUGUGUGUGUGUGUGUGUGUGUGUGUGUGUGUUCACAUGUGUGUGUGUGUGUGUGUUCACAUGUGUGUGUCUUCCUCUCACAGCCUACGCGGUCGUCGUCCGAGAGUAUCUGUUCCAGACCUGGUUCAAGCAUACCUGGCUCACCGGGUCACACCAUCUAUGUAAGAACCAAUCAGCUUCCUGCUGCUCUGUCUGUCUGUCCAAUCAGAAUCCUUCUUCACUGUUUUGUUCACACCAAAUGGGAAUGAAGAAAUUUACCUAGAGGCACAGAGCUGUCGUGUAAGUCACAUGACUGACCAUGUGGUCAGAUUGGAGCGAUCAGUCACUGUGGGAGGAGACGGUCGGCCGUGUCCGUCUUCUGAGGAUCAUUUGUUUCUGACCUCCUCACGUUCCUCCUCUUCAGAGUUUUUCAGCUUUUUGUCUCUAUUUUAAAUAAAACUUGAAUCCUAAAGAUAAAAUCGAACCAUGGGAGUUCGUUCUCCUUUACCCUUUUUUACCUGAAUAAAAAGAUUCGCUUUAGUUCUGAUAUUUCAGCUGUCGUAGAAACCAGUGAAACCAGUGAAACCAGUGAAACCAGUAAGGUGUCCACCAUGACACCCGUGUUUUUAUCUUUAGAGUGUGAAGGCCUCAUUCCUGCUGUCUAAUCCUGUUUGUAUUUAUCAGCCUGUCCUCUCUGACUGUAGCAGCUCGUUCAAUGAUAUAGAUCAAUAUAUAGAUCAAUAUAUAGAUCGACUCUGACUGUAGUUUAAUCUCCUGUUUCUGCCCUUGUGUGUGUCGAUGUGUGUGUGUGUGUGUGUUUGCAUGUUUCUGUCUCCCUAGGCAAAAGUAGACAAUGAGAUCCUUGAUUACAGAGACCUAGCUGCCAUCCCCAAAGUCAAAGCCAUUUAUGACAUUGAGCGCCCCGACCUUAUAACCUAUGAACCUUUGUACACGACCUCCCUGGAUGAGAGAGACGAGAGACACGAGAGUGUGGGCGAGGUAAACCUGAGACCGCAUGAUCUGAUCCUGCAUGCAUGAAACCUUGAUGCAUAAACCGUGCACAGACUGUCGAGCGCAUCAAGACCCCCCCCCCCCCAAAAAAAAUUCUGUUUAUUAAAUAUUAUCUGUUUAUUAAAUAUCUGUUAAUUAAAUAUUAUCUGUUAAUUCAAUAUUAUCUGUUUAUUAAAUAUUAUCUGUUAAUUCAAUAUUAUCUGUUUAUUAAAUAUUAUCUGUUAAUUAAAUAUAAUUUGUUAAUUAAAUAUUAUCUGUUAAUUAAAUAUUAUCUGUUUAUUAAAUAUUAUCUGUUAAUUAAAUUUCUGUUUAUUAAAUAUGAUCUGUUAAUUCAAUAUUAUCUGUCAAUUAAAUAUCUGUUUAUUAAAUAUUAUCUGUUAAUUAAAUAUUAUCUGUUUAUUAAAUAUUAUCUGUUAAUUAAAUAUCUGUUUAUUAAAUAUUAUCUGUUAAUUAAAUAUCUGUUUAUUAAAUAUUAUCUGUUAAUUAAAUAUUAUCUGUUUAUUAAAUAUUAUCUGUUAAUUAAAUAUUAUCUGUUUAUUAAAUAUUAUCUGUUAAUUAAAUAUUAUCUGUUUAUUAAAUAUAAUGGGUAAAUUAAAUAUUAUCUGUUAAUUAAAUAUUAUCUGUUUAUUAAAUAUUAUCUGUUAAUUUAAUAUUAUCUGUUAAUAAAAAAUCUGUUAAUUAAAUAUUAUCUGUUAAUUAAAUAUUAUCUGUUUAUUAAAUAUUAUCUGUUAAUUAAAUAUUAUCUGUUUAUUAAGUAUUAUGUUAAUUAAAUAUCUGUUUAUUAAAUAUUAUCUGUUAAUUAAAUAUCUGUUUAUUAAAUAUUAUCUGUUAAUUAAAUAUUAUCUGUUAAUUAAAUAUCUGUUUAUUAAAUAUUAUCUGUUAAUUAAAUAUCUGUUUAUUAAAUAUUAUCUGUUAAUUAAAUAUCUGUUAAUUAAAUAUUAUCUGUUAAUUAAAAAUCUGUUAAUUAAAUAUUAUCUGUUAAUUAAAUAUCUGUUAAUUAAAUAUUAUCUGUUUAUUAAAUAUUAUCUGUUAAUUAAAUAUCUGUUUAUUAAAUAUUAUCUGUUUAUUAAAUAUUAUCUGUUAAUUCAAUAUUAUCUGUAAAUUAAAAAUCUGUUAAUGAAAUAUUAUCUGUUAAUUAAAUAUUAUCUGUUUAUUUAGUUUCCUCAGUUUCUUGAAUAUUUUCUGGUAAUUAAAUUCUCCUUGUCCAGCUGUGUUCUCAGUUCCUGUCCCGGAGGAACCUUCUUCUGAGGAGAUCUUAAUAAUUUUAGACAUUAAUUCUCUUUAAUUUGCUCUUUUUCUGUGUGAUUUUUAGACUUUCCUUUUAUGCAGCUUUGACGCCGUGUUUUUUCUUACAGCUCCACACUGCCAGGAGGGAACAUUCGCCGUUACCUGAAGACAAGGUAAGACUCUUUACUGUGAACCCAUGAUCGUCGAUCCUAACAAAGAGUGUGGAGUAAAAAUUAUAAAACCAUAAAAACAUAAUUCCAGUUUUUUUAAAUCGGAUCUGUAAUAAAGUGUGUUUGUUAUAAUGAGAAAAUCAAAGUUCAGAUUUCGUUUUAUUCUUUUCAGUCUUCAAGAAACAUGUCACCAACUCCACCUGGAGAGGUAAGUGUGUGUGUGUGUCUGAGUGCGUACUGAAUCUACUCAAACCGUGGACUGUAUCUAGAAUAGACGCCGUCUGCCUCCUCGCUCUGAGAACAGCGCCCUCUGGUGACGGGCUGCAGUAUAGGUCCUAAACCCCGCCUCCUUAUGGAGCUGUGGACAAACUUUAUAAAUGAAUGACACAGAAUAUAAAUGUUUCUCCCCCCUGGUUGUGAUGUUGACAUGUAGUUACUGUCAGACUGGUUUGUGCUCAAGUCCUCUUUUUUCUGUACAGCUCCAUUUUUAAAAGUUAUUAGGGGGUUCAUGUUUGCUAUGAUUGACACCUGAUACAGCCAAUGGGAGGACAGGGAUUGAGUAGAUCACCGGGGGAUACGCUGUUUGAGCCGCGCGUCAUCACUGCGACUCUCCUGCUGAAUACGUACAACGUUACUGAACAAUGUUGGUUUGAGGAAGUGGAGAAAAAAACACAGAAUUACCGAGAACUUUUCAGCUUCAGAUCUUUAAACUGGAGGAAGGAGGAACCAAGUGGUCCAGAAUAAAUACAGUCUGUGACUCACACCUGUUAACCUGGCAGCUCUUUACUAACCUGUGUGUGUGUGUGUGUGUGUGUGUGUGUGUGUGUUUCCAUCAGGGCUCAUACGAUCGAAGAGAGCGGAUCCUCCAGAGGUCGACCAGUCAGGGUUCUAUAGGAUCACCUGUUUACAAUCGCCAUGGUUACACACCCACCUUAUCACGGUCACCUCAGCACUUCCACAGGCCAGGUGAGUUUAAGUGUGUGUGUGUGUGUGUGUGUGUGUGUUUAGGUUGUUUCUGUGACCUUUGACCCUUAAACCACCCUUGACUCCAAAGGAGAAUUUCACUAAAAUUGACUUUAAGUUUUUUUUUUUUUUUUCUGUAUUUUGACAUAAAAAUUUUACAAACGAACAAAAUUUAGAGUCAAUUUUGUUCCUUAAAUUCAGUUUUUCUUGAUUUCUUUUUUUUUCUUUUUUAAACUUUAUUUAAAAAAACAAAAAAAGUUCAAACCAAAAAUCAGAAACAAAACCGACUUUUUCAACGACACAAAUUAUAAACAAACAGCAAAACAGAGAAGGUUCAAUUUAGAGGAAAAGAAGCUGUGAACAUCUAUGAACAUCUAUAAACAUCUAUGAACAUCUAUGAACAUCUAUGAACAUCUAUGAACAUCUAUAAAUAUCUAUGAACAUCUAUGAACAUCUAUGAACAUCUAUAAACAUCUAUGAACAUCUAUGAACAUCUAUAAAUAUCUAUGAACAUCUAUGAACAUCUAUGAACAUCUAUAAACAUCUAUAAACAUCUAUGAACAUCUAUAAACAUCUAUGAACAUCUAUAAACAUCUAUGAACAUCUAUGAACAUCUAUAAACAUCUAUGAACAUCUAUAAACAUCUAUGAACAUCUAUGAACAUCUAUAAACGUCUAUAAACAUCUAUGAACAUCUAUAAACAUCUAUGAACAUCUAUGAACAUCUAUGAACAUCUAUGAACAUCUAUAAACAUCUAUGAACAUCUAUAAACAUCUAUAAACAUCUAUAAACAUCUAUGAACAUCUAUGAACAUCUAUAAACAUCUAUGAACAUCUAUAAACAUCUAUGAACAUCUAUGAACAUCUUUAAACGUCUAUAAACAUCUAUGAACAUCUAUAAACAUCUAUGAACAUCUAUAAACAUCUAUGAACAUCUAUAAACGUCUAUAAACAUCUAUAAACAUCUAUAAACGUCUAUGAACGUCUAUAAACAUCUAUGAACAUCUAUAAACAUCUAUAAACAUCUAUGAACAUCUAUAAACGUCUAUAAACAUCUAUAAACAUCUAUAAACGUCUAUGAACGUCUAUAAACAUCUAUGAACAUCUAUAAACAUCUAUAAACAUCUAUAAACGUCUAUGAACGUCUAUAAACAUCUAUAAACAUCUAUAAGAUCUUUGGUCUGAACUUCUCUGUUUUUUUUCACUUGGAGAGUUUUUUUGUUUUUUUCCUGUUUAUCUUCCUUUUCUUUUUUCCUCUUCACCUCCUCCU